AUGUUUGCGUCAUACCCCCUCCCCCCUUUUCGUGCCCCUUCGUCUACCACUGCGCCGGCCGCCGCCGCCGCCGCCGCCCCAGCGGCCGGGCUCAACCCCGCGCAGAUCGCCCUCGCCGCUGCGCGGAACCUCGGUGUGCCCAGCGCGCUCCCCGGCCAGGCGGCCGGGGGGCUAUCUGGGCUCGGGGCCGCUGGCGCCGGAGGCUUCCAGGCCAACCCCCAGCUGCUCGCGCAGGUCAUGCGCUCCGCCCAGCAGCAGGCCGGAACUCCUGGCCAAUUCUCGUUGCCCCUCGGUGCGGGGGCGGGGGCCGUCCCCGGCAUGCUCGGAGGCAUGGGAAUGGGCAUGGGAGACAAGACGGUGCGCGAGCUGUUCGUGGGCAACACUCCCCAAGGAACUUCGGACUUCGUGCUUCUCGAGUUCCUAAACGCCGCCAUGAAGCAGGAGGAUGGACUGCUGUUGCCCGUUCCAUUUCCACAUACACGGAUUAUCGGCGCGUUAAUCUCCAGAGGCGGGAUACUGGGAGGCGGUGUGGAAAAUACCCUUGUUUAUUCCUAUCGUAUGUAGCCAUCUACCGUGUAUAGGUGACAUGACGCAAGAUAUCACACCCUCUUGGCCGGUUUUCUAAGCUCGAUUGAUCCAAAGCGGAGGGAGUGGCAGUGCCGAAUAUGGAUCUUUUUGAUUUCGGCAUCCUCUUGGUCGUGGAACAACGCAAUGGAGGUUUGAAAUUCGGUUGAGAGUUGUUUUAUCUUGUGUCGUGUCACCUACGGUAUAGGUCGGCGGGAGAAGGAGGACGCGUCGCGUGUGCGUUUUAUUGACAACAUACAAUCACAGAAAUACUAACAACCCGUUCGAAUGUGUUGAAAUAAACGUCUUGGCAGUGAGUGAGGGAAAAACCGUUACUUUGAGGGCUGUGCGCCGCAUAGGCGAUUGCCUCGUAUUUUUGUGGUCGAUUUCGGUUAUUUCGCUGAAAGUGGUGUAAGACGAAUUAAGUGUACCCAAGUGACACAAAAAAAAAAACGCCUACGGAGGACAGGCCUUUUAUAUACAAUAGCUUUUUUUGUGUUCGGAUUUUGGUGGUGGUGUUGUCCCUCUGCGCUGCGGACUCGCCCGUGUCCUCCCGCGUGCCGUCGCUUCGUGCUCUUGUAUUUCUGUCUUUUGGGCCUCGCCGCCCCGCAAGCUGUGCCGGUGUCGAUCGAACCUACUCCCCGCCUCUUUGAAACGCGAUGCGAUGUGAUCAAAAUUCGUGGCAAAAGAUGGGGAAGGGGGCCUUGCUGAGAAAACGAAUUUGUGGUGAUAAAGGCAACGGGUGGAGGUGAGUGGGCGCAACGAUAUUUCCAAGGGCUUUGGUCAUGGGUCCUCCUGUUCAUAUCAAGGCGCCGCAACAACAACAACAUCGGCAGUGUUUUAGGACGCGGUUAGUCCUGUUGACACCCCCCUCUUCCUCUAGCACCCUGACGCCUUUCCCACUGCUGCCGUUUGAGAGUGUCUGAGAUAGUAUUGGACGGUACACAAGUACUGCCAGGUCGACACGGUCGUUGGAAACAUCUUAAGAAUGAUGAUGGCACUGAAUAUUUUGUGUUCCGAGUUGUCUUGCGAAGCUCCGGUAGAGAGCGAAGGGUUUGUCAACCUCUGCCCUCCUCCAACACUCCCCGCUGUGCGUUGCUUUUAGCCUUUUGGGAUGCCCCUGCUGACCAAGUACGCCUCUUCGUCUCUCGCCCCCUCCCCCCCCUCCUCGUUGUUGCUCCGGGGCGUGUGUCUCGCAACACACGUUUGACGUUUAUUUGUUUAUUCAGGUCAACCUCACCACCGGACCCGGCAACCCUGUGGUGACCUGCCGCGUCAACAACAAGUACGCCUUUGUGGAACUCCGGUCGUCUGAGGAAUGCACCAAGGCCCU